CCAAGAACGCUAGCUGCCAGAACUGUGCCCUUCAAGAAGGAUUUUGGAAAACUCUUCUCUGAAGGAUCUGCUCUGAGGAUUUCAACCAGGCCAUCAAAAAAGAGUAAAGAUACAGGCAUCAGAGAUUUUCCAACCAAGUGGCCCUAUGAGAUUGCUCUGUGGCAAAGUCCAUGGUCAACCAGCCCCAGCCACAGCUUCAAAUGUAUCUUUUUGUUGACAAAUUGUUGAAUUUGAGUGGAUAGCCAAGAAUCAUCAGACAUGUGAAAAUAUUCUUUAAUAAGAAACAGAAAAGCCAAAACAAAUAGGAAAAAAAAAAGUAACUCGGAGAAAACAUUGUAUAGAGGCAGAAAAACACUAACACUAUAUAUGUUCUUAAAGUAAUAAGACUCUGCAUCAAUGAAACUGGAAGAAAUGUAAUAAAAAUUCAGAGAACAAACAAUAAUUAUUGGAAGUUAAAAAUACAAUAGCAAAAAGAAAAUGCAAUAGGAAUUUGUAAAUAAAUUUUAAAAAUCUCUCAGUAGCAAAACAAAACAGAAGUUGAGGUCCAGGAGGGUAUCCAAUAACAUCCAAAUUAUAUAAGUUCCAAAAAGAAACAACAGAGAGAGAGAGAGAGAGAGAGAGAGAGAGAGAGAGAGAGAAAGUAGAUGAUAGGAAUUCAUCAAAGAAAUAAUUCAAAAAAAAUAUCCCAGAACUGAAUGUCAUGAGUUUCCAGAUUGGAUUUACUGAGUACCCAGAGUAUAGAUUCACUCCAACACACAUCAUUAUGAAAAUUCAGAAUACUGGAAACAAAGAGAAUGCCUUAGAUUUAGAAUCAUAGAUACUUUGGGCUUUGCAACAGCAGCACCAAAAUCUAUCAAAUACUAAUCUAGAAUUCUAUACCCUGACAAAGAAUCAAAUGAGAGGCUAGAAUAGCAGUACUUCAGACAUGUAAGAUCUUAUGCACUCUUUCUUGGGAAACGACUAGAGAAUGUGUUUUAUCAAACUGAGAGAGCUAACUCAGGAAAGAGGAAGAUGUGAGAUUCAAGUAACCCAACAAGAAAGAGGUGAAAGGACUUUUCCCAGUAGGACGAUGAAGACACAUAUGAAAAUGACAGCCAUGCAACAGACUAGAUAACAACAUAUCCAGAUGGAAGCAAAUCAGAAUGUUCUGGAAAAUGUUUCUCCAGGAUGAAACUACUGCUACCUCUGAAUGUAUUGAGAGGAGAUUUACACAGUAGGCAAGAGUAGAUGGACAAAAAAGAUAAAUGGAAAUGGAAAAGUAAACAUAGCAUAUCUCAGAGCCCACCUGUCAAUAGCACUUUAUUUACAUGCAGAAGCAGAGAAUCAAAUCAGACAUUUUGGCUCCAGAGACGCCUAAGUGUCAUAUAUUUGAAUGCUGAUGGGCAUUAUUUUAGUAGAAAGGUCAAAAAGAUGAUGUAAGAGAGAGGACUGCAAAGGUAGAGAGUCUAUGAGAUGUGAUCCAGAGCAUAUGCGGACGGUGGGGUUUUAUUGGAAAAACAUUUUCUUUGUCGUCCCAAGAGAGAAGAAGAAAAUGAGUACAAAGGAAAGCAGGGUCUUUGAAUUUAAUCCUGAGCACUAUGAACUUGCAGCCAAGAAUUGAGACGAUCAACCACCCACAUAAUCUAUAAACCCACCUGUAAAAUGGAAUAUGUGAAACAAGACAUUCCUGUCGUCUCUUCACAUCUUCAGUGGUCCACAACCCUAUAACUUGUGCAGUCCUGAAGCUGAAUAGAGAGGAAGAAGAGCAGCAAUGAUCUCACAGGAGACAAGGGAGGAUUGCUAUGAAGCACGGAGCCUGGGUGAGAAUAGGCCGGCUUGGGACAUUCUUCACUUCCCUUCACUUCCCCUCUGGGAGCCCCUCUCACCGCCCCUGCACCUUGCUUCAGGCGAUGCCCAGGAGCGAGCUGUGGCCAGCGGGGCCUGGCUCGGAACCCGUGACCCGCAUCGGCAGCUGCGACAGCAUCAUGAGCACCGUGUCCACCCGCUCUGGAUCUAGUGACGGCAGCUACGACUUCCUGUCCGCAGAAGAGAAGGAGUGUCUGCUCUUCCUGGAGGAGACCAUCGGCUCACUGGACACUGAGGCUGACAGCGGACUGUCCACUGACGAGUCUGAACAGGACACAGCUCCCCGCGGCCCCCGAGCCCUGCCCGUCACCCAGCCUGCUCCUCAGGGAUAUCCAGGGGAGAAGAUCGUCCCACAAGGACCGGAGCCAAGGACAGGGACUCAGUCCAGCUCACCCCAUCUUCCUGAACCCGAAGGCCUGGGCCUCAGGUCUGGCUCCCAUAGCCUCCCCAGAAAUAUCCACAUCGGCAGGAAGCGGAACCCCGGGGAAAGCACCACUCAGACGAAUAGCCACAUCCCGGGGGAACCUGAGGGGCUUGUCCCAGAGCCCAAGAGAGAGCAGGCCGGCCAAAACGGUGAGCUCAGCCAGGCUCCGGCCGGCCCCCCGACGCCUGCCCUUGGGUUGGACACAGUACCCAUCCCCCCACCAGAGGCCUUUCAGGACAGCCAGCCAGAGCAGCGUGGGGAAGGCGGCCUGGGCGUCCCCAGGCCAGGGCUGCAGAGCCAUACGCCCCGGCUCCAUUCGUCACUCAGCCCCCAGGAGAGGAAGGAGACUCCUUCAGCGGCCAUGUCCCAAAAAGCCAGUGAGAAGGGCUCAACAGGGGGACCGGGGCAGCCUCAGCCUCCUCCCGCCGCGUCAUCGCAGAGUGCGAGAGCCAGAGAUGCUCCCACCCCGUCAGGGGGGGACCCCAGUGCCCGGCCAGCGCCCUUCACAGCUCCCAAGCCCCGGAAGCUGCCACCCAAUAUCGUUCUCAAGAGCAGCCGAAGCAGUUUGCACAGUGAGCCCCACCACUGGUUGUCUCGCCACUCAGAGGCCACCGCGGGAGACUCCGGCCUGGCCUCCUCCUCGCUGCAGGAGCAGAAGAAAGCGCGCCGGGAGGCCCUGGAGAAGCUGGGGCUCCCCCAGGACCAGGAUGAACCUGGCCCCCACUUAAGUAAACGCACCAGCUCCACCCGAUUCAAGGAGACCCAUGCCCAGGCCUCCUUCCAGGCUCUGGCUCCGGCCCCAGCCCCGGCCCCGGCCCCGGCUCAGCCGACGCGGCCUGCUCAGGGCACAGCCGCUGCGCCUGCCGGAGGGAAGGCUCCGGCUCCCGCUCCCACUCGGGGACCUUCUCCAGCGAAGCCUCCGGCUCCGACUCCAGCUCAGGGUUCUUCUCCAGACAAGGGGUUGAUUCCUGCCCGGGAGCCCACUGCAGGCAAGGUUCCAGCUGCCAAAUCCAUGCCGAUUCCUAUCCCCAAAGCCCCCGGGGCAGGUGGUCCUCUGGCUCAGGCAAAGGCGGACUCGGGGCUGACUCUCCAGGAGAGCAACGUCCCUGGCCUGAGACAGAUGAGCUUCAAGUCCAACACUCUGGAGCGUUCGGGUGUGGGGCUGAGCAGCUACCUCUCGGCCGAGAAAGACCCCAGUCCCCAAACCAGCACCUCUCUGGGUAAGGGCUCCUUCUUGGACAAGAUGUCUCCCAGCGUCUUGCGUAACUCAAGGCCCCGGCCUGCCUCCCUGGGCACAGGGAAGGACUUCGCCGGGAUCCAGGUGGGCAAAUUGGCUGACCUGGAGCAGGAGCAGAGCACCAAGCGCCUGUCCUUCCAAGGACAGAGCCGCGACAAGCUGCCUCGACCCCCCUGUGUCAGUGUCAAGAUCUCCCCAAAAGGAGUCCCGGAUGAGCACCGAAGGGAGGCUCUGAGGAAGCUGGGACUGUUGAAGGAGUAGUCACUGGCCACCAGCAUGGCCCCGCCAUCCCUGUCUCACCCUCUGCCAUACAGGAGGCUCAGGUCCUCUUCCACCCAACAGCCCGGGGCUCGGACAAAGUGGGCUUCUCUCCAGCGCGCACCUCUCUCUGAGGCGAAGGGGUGGAAGAGACUGGAUUCCAGUGGACGCGCGUGUUUAUAUUCAGAGCGGUUGUGUCACUGAGUACCUGCCCAAAUCAUCCUGAAGAUGAUUUCCACAAGACGGGGUGUGUGUGUGUGUGUGUGUGUGUGUCCAUGUACUAUAGGCUGUAUAUAUCAUUGAAGCUAUUUAUAUGACACAAGGAGUCAUUGCUCAGAGUUCUGCUUGUGUUGGAGAUUUUCUUCCACUGGGUAGGGUUCAGCCCAGCCAGAACUAAGGGGAGAAGGGGGGGGCGCUGAGUCUGAGGAAUAAAAGGUCAGCUGAGACAAUGGAUGUGCUGGGGACAUUAGGCAAAUGCAGUGUCAUGUGAAAUGUGGGUCUCCCAGAAUCCCUGCAUGGAAGGGGACUGGCUCGUCCCUUGGUUCUGGACUUCUGGACACCCCGGUCCCAAGGUUAGGGCGCGUCCCUGUAGCUAAAUCUGUCCAUUGACUGAGAACAGAAGUGCUCUGGUUGGCCUGCGAAGGCAAGAUGGGUGACCGCACAGCACACGGCCACUGGGAAGGACCCCUGUCCACGGGCUUGAUGCAUUUAUAAUAAUAAACCGUGCGGUGGCCCCUGCCGGGGACAUUCCUAUUCUUCCGCUCCCACUCUCAGCCUGCAUGUGACUGACCCCAGGGCCGGGCCAACAGUGAGAUGGGGGUCUGAGCCCAGAGACUUUAUAAAUACCAAAGAACUGUUUGAGGCCUUACCUAUGCUACUGCGCAUAGAUUUUUUUCAGUUUCUAUGGGAAGGCAACACCAUACAUUCUCUGCUCGUUACUCACAGAAUAUCAGAGCUGGGAGGAAUCUUAGAGACAAGACUCUUGUGACCCACGCUGUUGGGGAAGGGAAGGGAGUCAUCUGCGGUCACUCUGCCAUUCAGUGACAGAGCCGGGACCCUGGCUCCUCAUUCCAUGCUGCACGCUGCCUCCCUGAAGCAGUGCUUCUGUACGUCUACACAGCACCCUGUGGAUCAGGAGUCACCAUCAAAGGCUCAACCCCAAAGCCUAGAGAGAUUAAAUGUUGUUCAAGACCAU